UUUCUGCGUUGGCCUGUAAACACAUGCGUAGUUGCGUACUGCGUGAGCAGCAAUGGCGGCCUCCAUUGCGGCGCACAGGUUACAUAUGAGUGGAAGGGGUAAUCUCGUAAAAUGUCUCCAAAAGGUGGACACCUAUUUUCACAGAAGAGUUGGAACGACAGCUGUUCCAGCCCACGCCGACGUGCCGAUAAAGGACGAAACAAGUGAAAAAGAUGGACCUUUGUCCUUUUAUGCUGUUCAAGCCCAACGUAAAGAGCAGGCAGAAAGAUCUGUUCUCAUCAACUGCCCCCCCAAAAUCAAUGAUAAAAACAUCCUCAAGUUUUUAUCUUUACAUGGUGAUGUUAAAAAUUACUUUACUUAUGAAAGCUAUGGCAUGUAUGCAGUGGUAGAAUUUGCUUCACGAGACAGUGUCUCCUCAUUACUUGAUGUUGCCAGUGUUCCCAGCAACAACCAUGAAUCGACGGUUCCUUAUAAAUCAAGACUACUGACACUCAGAGGUCCAAAAGAAGUGACUAACCAACAGUCCAGGAAACAGAACCACCCACAGACUACUAUACCCAUUAAUGAGCUGAUUCAAAGAGUUUCCCAAGAGAAAAGUAUAGACCAACAAAUAGUGUCCUUGACUGAAGCCUACCAGCUCACUGAGGAAAACAGUCGACUGCGUUUCCUCGUCUGCUCUCUGGUCAAAGACAUUGCAAGUGCCUAUUUCCCAGAAUGCUCAGUUGAACUGUUUGGAUCAUCAGUGAAUGGCUUUGGAAAGCUGGGCUGCGAUUUGGACAUGUUUCUGGACCUAGAUGGCAUCAGUGGAAGAAAUUUAAAGAUGCCAAAAUCCAGUUUGGCAGUCGAGUACCAGAUGAAGCAGGCCGCUUCUGAGCGCAGUGCCACACAAAGCAUCCUGUCUGUCAUUGGCGGAUGUGUGGAUGAGUUUGGACCUGGCUGUGUUGGUGUACAGAAGAUCCUGAAUGCCCGAUGCCCCCUGGUCCGUUUUGCUCAUCAGCCUUCUGGUUUCCAGUGUGACCUCACUGCCAACAACAGGGUGGCGAUGAAGAGCUCGGAGCUACUUUACCUUUAUAGUCAACUGGACCCUCGAGUACGUCACCUGGUGUUCACUGUACGCUGUUGGGCCCGAGCACAUGGAGUGACCAGUAGCAUACCUGGGGCCUGGAUCACCAACUUCUCUCUCACCGUCAUGGUGCUGUUCUUUCUGCAACAGAGAAGCCCGCCUAUCAUCCCUACUCUGGACCACCUACGAGAACUCGCAGGUCCCGCAGACAAGAGCGUGAUCGAGGGGAAUGAUUGCACAUUUGUCAGCGACUUCGACAGGAUCCAACUCUCGGGCAACACAGAAACACUCGAGAAACUGCUUUGUGAAUUCUUCGAGUUUUAUGCCUCCUUUUCAUUCAAGCAGAAGUCCAUAAAUAUCAGAAAGGGCAAAGAGCAGAACAAGCCUGAGGCUGCCCCGUUGCACAUCCAGAACCCGUUUGAAACAGCCCUGAACGUCAGCAAGAACGUCAACGGCACACAACUACAACGAUUUGUGGCUUUGUGUCAGGAGAGUACCUGGCUGCUUCAACAGAGCGAUACCAUCACACCCAAAGGGGGCUACACGGUCACGGCUUGGGGACUAGCAACUCUUCUGCUCCCUUCGCAGAUUGCAGCGGUCAAAAGUGGAAAGAAGAUGAAAAGGGAGCCUGCUAGCGAGAGGAUCAAGAGCUUGUUAGAAUCCCUGAAAAAUAAAAAACAACCAAGGACCUAAGACUCUUGACAUCCCAGGAAAAUAACUUUAUUUGAUUUUAACCUGACUCAAGGACACCUCAGCCGCAAUAAAGAAAGGAACUUUUUUUUACGGGAUGUAGUUCUUUACAUGAUCACUGGAGGAUGGCACUGAAACUUUUAUGCCCGUACAGAUGUCUGGAAUCAUGAGCAAGAUGAAGCUAAAGUUUCAUUUUCAAAGGACAUACUGUAUACUUGAUUAGAUAAUCCCCAUAUAUAUUAUGUUUGUGUUUCAAAAUCAGUGUUCACUUGCUGUACAGCUAUGUCAGAUGAUCACAAUGCAAAUGUUUUACUCAUUGUAAUAAACCCUAGACUAUAUGAAUUAAGUUGGAUACAAUCGUUGAGUCAAAUAACUACAGUGAAGAAAAUAAGUAUUUGAACACCAGCUAAUUUGCAAGUUCUCCCACUUAGAAUUAAUGGAGGGGUCUGAAAUUUUCAUUAGAGGUGCAUGUCCACUUUGAAAAAAAGAUAAUCUAAAAGUGAUCCUCGAUCUUAAAGACAUGUAGGCUCUAAUAAACCACAAUUGUUCUCUUUUACCAAAAUAUGUUGUUAGAAACACAUAAAAUGUUCAAUCAGUGGCAAUAUUUUAUAAUAUUUACUACAUAUUUUGACCGAUAGUUGGCGGCAUGUUUGGCGGGCUUGGAGUGAUGACAUAAUUGGGAUGUUUCCAAUUGUGUACAACAAUUGUGUAUUGCUGCCUAAACUAGCUACGUAACAUGCCACGAUGUGCUGCUUUUGGAUUCAAUUCUCAGUCAAAUGGAAACUAGGGGAGUGAUGUGAGUCUCCACAGAUUUCCUAUUGACAAGAAAAGGAGAAAGGUUUGGGAAAAUGCCUGUAGACUGACAAAACCUCCCAAAGACCCAAGGCUUUGUUCUCGCCAAUUUUCUCCUACCGCGUUCGAGGCUUUUAGUCGUCGACAACUUAUGAAUUAGCUCACCUGAGCGGCUGGAUAUAAGCGUAGACUAAAAUCAAAUGCUGUUCCAACUAUUUUCCCUCACAAAAAGCCUCAAUGCGCUUGCAUAUCGAGUGAAAUGUGCGCAAUAAAACGCCAAAGACUAGAAACUGCUGGCCGCUCUCUUAAGCAGGCAAGCCGCUCCUGUCUCUACAGCAGUAGGCGAACCUUCUGGCGUACUGCUAGUCACAGAAGAAGCUAAUAAUUCCCCUCUGCUGUCAAUUCAUCAGGCAAUAAGUGUGUCUAUACAGUAUUCACCUAAUAUGAGUGAUGCUGCUACUCAAAGUGAUCCAGACACGUCCAAUGCAGCGAUACAGUGGCCACUUAAUAUGGACCACCCUUAUGUAGCUAAACGUGAGUUGGAUGUACAAAACAUGGAGGACACUUGAUCCAGAUGACUAAUUUAAUGAGGACAGUCAGCCACAACACUACUCCGAUCCUGACUAUCACACGUGUGCAUUCAUAGUUUUAUUACCUUCAGUGAGAGUUUAUAAUGUCAAUAGUCAUGAAAAUAAAAAUGUACAAAUGACAAGGUGUGUUCAAACUUUUGCCCUGGACUGUAUGUAAAGCACACGACAGCUCUGGAUGCUAACAAUCUAUAUAAUUAUAUUGGAAUAAGUUUGAUCACGCAAUAGCUCACCUUGAAGAUCUGCUAACAAAAAACGGAGUUCUUAACAGCUUACACUCACUCUCUUGCUCCGUUGUCAUUGAGACACACUGGCUGCGAGUACAUCACCAGUUUUGCCCAACUCUUGUCUUAUCAGGUAUUUCCUGCUCUGCAUUUUGCCUUUGCUGCUCGUCUUGUGAACAACCGACAAUGCUGUCCUGCUCUUCACUUUUCCGAUCUGGUUCAAGUUGGAAGGGCAGAACCGACAACAUGUUGCGGUAGCUAACGAGUGACACGCUGGAAGUUCAGCAACUGGCCCGGUGACAUCACUGUACUGAGACAUCUAUGAAAAUGGCGACCUAUCACUUAAAAUUUUUUUUCCAAUUUUGUUAAAACGAAAACAUUAAGAGGGGUUUUAAUAUCAAAUUUUUAUAACUCAUACUAACAUUUAUCUUUUAAGAAUUACUUGUCUUUAAGAUCGAGGAUCCCUUUAAAAUUAAAACCAGAAAUCACAGUACGGUAUAUGAUUUUUUUUAAACUAUUUAUUUUUGUGAUAUAGCUGCAAAUAAGUAUUUGAACACCUGAGAAAAUGAAUGUUAAUAUUGGAAACAGUAGCCUUUGUUUGCAAUUACAGAGGUCAAACGUUUCCUGUAGUUUUUCACUAGGUUUGCACACACUGCAGGAGGAAUCUUGGUCCACCCAUCAGUCAGUUUUCUGGGCUGUCACCGAGAAACACUGAGUUGGAGCUCCCGCCAAAGGUUUUCUACUGGGUUUAGGUCUGGAUACUGACUAGGCCAUGCUAGAACCUUGUUAUGCUUCUUAUGAAGCCACUCCUUGGUUUUCCUGACUGUGUGCUUCGGGUCAUUGGGUUAGGGUUUAGACACGACCCAUCUUCAAUGCUCUGACUGAAGGAGGUUGUUUCCCAAAAUCUCACAAUACAGGGCCCCGGUCAUCCUCUCUUUAAUACAGUGCACUCAUGCUGUCCCAUGCGCAGAAAAACAGCCCCAAAGCAUGAUGCUACGACCCUCAUGCUUAACAGUAGGGAUGGUGUUCUUGAGAUAGCACUCAUAAUUCUCUUCUUCCAAACACGAUUAGUGGAAUUAUGACCAAAAAGUUCUAUUUUACUCUCAUCUGACCACAAAAUCUCCUCCCAUGACUCCCCUGCAUCAUUCAAAUGGUCAUAUGCAAACUUAAGACAGGCCUUGACAAGUGCUGGUUUAAACAGGGGAACUUUCCAUGCCAUGCAUGAUUUCAAAUCAUGCCGUCUAGUGUAUUUACCAACAGUAACCUUGGAAACGGUGGUCCCAGCUCCUUUUGAGGUCAUUGACCAACUCCUGUCGUGUUGUUCUUAGCUGAUUCCUCACCUUAGGAUCAUUGAGACCCCACGAGAUGAUAUCUUACAUGGGGUUCCACUCCAAUUGAGAUUGACUGUCAUGUUUAGCUUCUUCCGUUUUCUAAUGAUUGCUCCAACAGUGGACCUUUUUUCACUGAACUACUUGGCAAUUGCUCUGUAGCCCUUUCCAGCCUUGUGGAGUUGAACAAUUUUGUCUCUGGUGUCUUUGGACAGCUCUUUGGUCUUUACCAUGUUACAAGUUUGAGUCUUACUGAUUGUAUAGGGUGGAUAGGUGUCUUUAUGCUGCCAUCGACCUCAAACAAGUGCUUCUGAUUCAGGAUAAUACAUGGAGUGGAGGUGAACUUUUAAAAGGCGAGCUAACAGGUCUUUCAGGGUCAGAAUUCUAGCUGUCAUACAUAAUACGAGGGGUAUUCAAAAAGUAAUGCACCCAACUUUAUUAUGUACAAACAAAUUAUAAUAGCAACAUGUAUUAUAGAUCACAAUAAAGGUACAAGUGUGAUGAUUACAUUUUUACUCCUCCACAAAGUCUCCACCUCUCUCAAGAGCUACAGUCCACCUAUGAACGAGGGCAUGUAUACCAGUGUUGUAGAACUCAGCCAGUUGAUCUCUAAGCCAAUUCUUGACAGCAGUUUUCACUUCAUCGUCAUUGCCAUAUCGGUUGCCCCGGAGUCCUUCUUUCAUUGGACCAAAGAGGUGGUAGUCUGACGGUGCCAAAUCAGGAGAAUAUGGCGGAUCACAGUCCAUCCAAAUGAAGUGAUGACCUCCAUGGUCCUGAUGCUUGUGUGAGGACAUGCAUUGUCAUGCUGGAGGAGCACAUUUGCCAUGCCCAAGUUGGGCCGAACACGUCGAAUUCUUGCUUUGAGCUUCCUAAGAGUCUCAAUGUAUACCUCAGAGUUAAUGGUUUCCCCCUUCGGCAAGAAUCUACAAGGAUUACACCUUGAGAAUCCCAAAAACGGUAGCCAUAAUUUUGCCAGCUGAUUUUUGGCCUUGAACUUUUUGGUCCUUGGUGAAUUUGGGUGACACCAUUCCAUUGAUAUCCUUCAUGGUCUUCAGUACUGUUUUUAAAUCACUGUUCCCAUCUUCUUACAGUACUAUAGUCUAUGGUAUGGUGAAUUUGGGUGACACCAUUCCAUUGAUAUCCUUCAUGGUCUUCAGUACUGUUUUUAAAUCACUGUUCCCAUCUUCUUACAGUACUAUAGUCUAUGGUAUCAUCCAUGUAGACAUUUUUAGCCCAUUGUGAAUCCUCAGAGGGGUUUCUCCCUCUGCAUUUUCAAUUCAAUUACAGCUCUUUGUUUCUGACGAGCUUCAAGAGGGGCAGCCAUUUCGGAAGCUAGUUUAAGCUUUAAAAAUCUGUAAAUAAGAAAACCACAUAUAACAAUCACAAAAAGGUGUGUCCUAUCAUGUUUGUGCCAAAUAUAAACAAGAUUGGUAAAAUCCUGUACGAGCAAUGCACUUGAGUGCAUUACUUUUUGAAUGCUCCUCGUACAUUGUGAUUUCUGGAUUUUUUUUUUUAGACUAUCUCUCUCACAGUGGACAUGCACCUACAAUGAAAAAUUCAGACUCCUCCAGGAUUUCUAAGUGGAAGAACUUGCAAAAUAGGAGGGUAUUCAAAUACGUAUUUUCUUCACUGUAUCCUUAUCCACAGGCAUAAUGAGUUAUUUUCCAAUCAUGAAAGGUUUCUUGGUUUUGGCAAUGCAGUUCACCAUGAGGUAUGACGCUUUCAGUGCAUUCACUUUUGUUGCCUCAUUUGCUAGCUUUUAGCCAUAUUAUGCAGAAUGGACCCGGUUGUAGGUUCCUCUUCUGGCUCAGCAGGUGGCCCUUUUCCAGAAAAAUAGCUGUACAGACGUUGCCGCCCGCAGCACACAGUCAAUAGCAGCUAAUGUUACUGUUUAUGUUGACUGGCGCUGUGCUGCUAUAAGUGUGCAAACACCCCAGUAACAGUGGCCAACCACUAGAGCGCGACGUACACCAAACUAUACUCGAAAUAGUCAAUAAAGGCAUAUUGAUGUGUCAAGAGGUACAGGCCAGAUUGUAGUCGUUAUUAAAUUAUUUAAAAUUUCUCUGGGGCCCUGUAGCAAUUACGAAUGGAACAGUACUGGUUCCCGGCCCGAUGGUUGGGGAUCAGUGAAUUAAAUGUAACAAUACAGAUACAUCACCACAUACAACACAAGCUUGCAGUCCAGUCUUAUGAUCACACUGGUGUUUUAACAUCCCAACAAGUGGUGUUUAAAGCACCCUAUUCGCAUCAAGGAGAAUUGACAGAGGUAAGCUAGGUAACCCUUCUAGCAACAGAAACCACUUGUAGGUCACAACCUUCCAGUUGAGAAACACUUAUUAAUUGCAUAACCGUUACAGUGAUAACCCCCAAUUCUGUCAAGACAAAGUAGAGCAGCAGUUUAGGAAGAGGUGAAGGAGGGAUGGAAGUUGAUGAGCAUGAGCAGAGGUAAAUUGACUAUCAACAAGGGAUAUCCCAAUUAUCCUUUUGAAUACUGAUGGCUGAAAAACAAAACGUUACUUUUUAAACAAACGCGGUUUGGUUUCAUUUAGAUAUAGUUUAAUGCGCUAUUUGUGACUUUUUAUGAUUCAUGAGUGCCUCAGUAUUGUAUUAAAGUGCAUGUGACAUGAAAAAGCACGUUUAUUUCAAAAUACACGCUGUAUUGUAUGCUCCUGAAUGAUAUGGACCGCUUGGAUGUGUGUGGAUGCGAUCGCUAUAUUUUAGUUUUUUGAAUCCCGCACCAUGAAAAUGAGUGACUUCCGGCUUCGGUUUUGCAUUGAGGAGGAGGGCGCUGUGACGUGUACGGAUGAAGGCGUCCUCUUCACUAUACAGCCGUAUUGUUGUGUAUGAGGACUGAGGAUUCAGCUGAUUUUUCGGAUUAAUACGUUUAUUUUUCGCAUGACGCCAGCCAAACGGCUGCAGAAAAAUUUUGCUGUAUGAGGGAGAGGCGUGUGCGCUUUUUUGGAGUUUCAAAAGGUUCCCAUUCACUGUGGAUAUUGGCCAAAACAAGCCCUACUACUGUGGGACCAUUGGACUUACGAGGAAGAGAGUAAACAUCUUGUUUUGUAUUAUGUCAAAUACGAAUACAGCGAUAACAAAGUAAACACAACAAACUUUCUUUAAAUAAAGGACUACUUACGUGUGAUCAUUGAUAGGCAUGUAAAAAGCUCUCCUCAUGCACAUUAGCUGCACGUUAGCUGCACAACAACUGCAGCCGCACUCCUCCGGGGAACGAGCUGUAAAUUUCUCUCCACUGGGCAGUUUGCCGAUCCGCAAAGACAAUCAACCCAGUCGUCGUCUCAAAUAAUCCAGGCUAGUUAUGUGUGAUUUUCCGCUUCGAAGACUUUGAAACAUCACUCGGUUCGGGUUAGCAUGUCGGCUAGCUGUCACGCCUCUUGGUUUGUUUACAUUCUCCGAAGCCGGGGAAGGGAAAUGACAUAUGUCCGAUUUAGGUGUCAUAAAAUAUCAUUCGGGAGGUGCGACAGUAAAGGUGAAGUCGACAGUUUUGACCAUUAUGGAGUAAUUUUGCCAUGUCCUGAAUAAGUGCAUUUUUAUUAUUUCAUAUUCCAUUUAGCACAAGACUGUUAUUCGUCAUGACCGUACCAUUUAUUUAGCAAUUGGGGAAAAUACUUAGAUAAAAAGAAUAUCCUGUAAAAAUAUUGAAGUAAAGAGACAGAAACAAUGACAUUUUGCAGAUAUCUUCGUCGCGUUUUCCUCGUUGUGAAUAGUUCCCCCUUCACGGGCUGACUGGUCCUUCUCAAGCCAUUUAUUUAGCUAUUGGGGAAAAAUACUUGGAUAAAAAGAAUAUCCUGUAAAAAUAUUGGAGUAGAGGGACUGAAACAAUGACAUUUUACGGCUCUCUUCGUCGCAUUUAUCUCGUUCUGAAUAAUUCUCCCUCAAUGGGCUGAAUAGUAAAACCGAUGAGCCCAGUCUCCCGCUGACGUCAUCCACCUGUUGGGGACGCUAGAGCCCUAUAAUGGUCGGCGUGGCUAACCGGCAGAUUGAAAGACUAAUUUCUCGUCAUCUGCGCUUUGCUAAAUUGUUGUAUAUAGUCGAAUCGUCUCAAAAUGUGAUUCUAAUUCACAUAAUAAUGCUAUUUAAGAUGUUUUUCCCCUCUCGUAUGCUCUUCAAGUCUAGUGAUGCCCUUGAUUUAACUACUGCAUCUUUAGGUCCGUGGAAAAAGCAUUUAUUUUGGAUUUCAUCAGCAUAUAAAAUAUUGGCUUUUGGGUGUCCUUAAACAAGCAUCAUGAUGGGAAAAACAAAUGACAGCAGUUUCUGAAAUGGUUUUAUUUGAAUUGGAUUAUGAGCCUAGAGAUGUAUUAUUUCUUUGUUUGUUUCUAAUGAUUCCAUAUUUUUUUCCUUAGAAUGGCGUGAUUCCAUAUAUAUUUCCCUGCACUUGCUCUAUAAAAGUAAC